CCUGCCCGCUCCAUGCCCACGAUCGCUCCACGAUCUUUAACCGGAACUCACACACGCACGUAUUCCGUCCACCUCCUCCCCAACCUUUGCAGCGGCGGGCUUCUUCUUCCCUCCUGCUGCGCGGCGGUGAUGCGGUCGAACUCGUCGGAAAGCUUCCUGACGCGCUCCAUGGCCUCCGCCCUGAUGCAUCAUCCGCGCCCAGCCGCCGCCUCGCGUUCCUUCGUGCCCGGCCGUCGCCGACGAGGCGGAGGAGCCAGGCGAAGGGGAAGUCCCUCCAGGGUCGGCGCAGUAGGCGAGCGCCGCGUAGGCGUCGGUGGCGCUGAUGAGGACAUGGACGAGGGAGGUGGAGAGGACGACCCCCGGCCGUACCCAUGCCGCCCGCGGAAGGCCUUGGUGAGCGCGACGGGGAGGAAGACACAGACGACACUGUCGAGGAGGAGUGGGAGUAGGGAGCCCGUCUUCAGCCGCAUCGUCGCAGCCACGUUGUGGCAGGUGGCUCCCUACCUGGGCGCUCUCCCCCGCUCCGGCGCCGCAAUCAAGCCCGAAUCAGCGCCUUCCUUCGUCGUCGAUCUGCGGCCCCUUCACACGCGUGGUCUGCCCGACGCGCGGCCUCCGCACGCUGCACUGGUCGAGUCCUUCUCGGUUUUCUACUGCUAUACCUCGCAUCAAGAAGAUCUUCGAUGGGUUUCAUAAUCGGGAAUGUUCUAAGCUAGCUUUGUUUCUGGCCAUAUUGUUGUUUCUAAUAGCUAUCUGGAUCUGGGAACAUAUCAAGUGGUAUGGAAGAUUAGGUCGUCCCGUGAUGCGGGCUCCCGCGAGCCGUUGGAUCUCAGAUUAAGAGGGAUUGAAGGGAGAUAAGGGCGGUUUGAUAUGCCUUUUUCGAAGCCGAUGCUGGAUAUACCUUUACAGCGGAUGAAGAUGAUCCAGCUGGGUCAUGUAAAUUUUUGAUACAUCUGCUUCAUAUGUGAAUUUCUUAUUAAUUUUUGCAUGGGUUAGUUUGCUGCAAAAGGUUGUAUUUUGAAUUGAACUACGAAUUUUGUUUUUGGUUCAUGUUGUGGGCACGACGAUGAAUGGAUGUAAAUCCUUUGGAAAACCAGACAA